AUGCUGAGCUACCAGACAUAUGGGUUGCUACUUUUGGAACACAUAUUACUGAAACAAUAAGGUUGAUGGAUCCACUGCACAAUUCCUUCAAUGUUCGACUCACAAAGUUUAACAACAAUGUAUUUGCACUGACAAAUGGACUAUUAAGCCUCCAACAAUAUUAUGGUCUGCAAUAUGGUGGAUGGCUUAAACUUUUUUUAUCUUGGAGGGACUGAAUUCCGAUUAAUUGAGGUCCAAGAUAGAGGUUUUAUGAAUGUGAGAUAUAGAACCCCUCCAUUGAGAUAUGAAUUUGGAUGGGGGAAUGAUGAAGAGGUGCCUUCUGGCUAUGAAAGUGGUCCUGACGAACAUGAGGCUGACAACUUAAAUGGCCAGCUAAUCUAUCAUGAAUCAGAGCUCCCCAUCUCUGACACCUACCAAAACAAAAAGACAUUGCCUGUUGCAUUGGUUCAUGGUGCAAUUCUUCCUCAUACACCACCACAUUGUGUCCUGAGGGAUGAACAUAAAAGAAGAUUUUUUUUGUGAUUUAACGUGGAAUAAGAAAAGGCAAGGAGAAUGCGUCUUGAAGGGUGUAUGGCUUCAAUUUGUUAAAGCAAACAACUUACAAUACGAAAGCAAGAUCUGGUGGGUGAUUAAGAAGAGAGACCCAACUGUGGUUCAUGUAGGUGUUUUGGAGAGAUGAAACAUCCUCAAUUAUAACUUAAGAAGUUCCUUUAGUUUAUUGACUUCCUGUUACAGUUUUCCUCCUUUGUUAUGUUUGUUUUCUUUUAAUUCUUCCUCUGGCUUGGGUUCUUUUACUGAGGGAACAUUUGGCCAUGAAGUGUUGCUCGAUUGGGAGAGCUUUGUUCCCAAGACCCUUUUGAUUAUAAUAAAUUUUCUGC